UAUUUCAGCAUGAAUUGUUGUUCAUUGGAAAUAGUGAUAAUCAUAAUAGUGGUGGGUUUUGCCUUUAACGAAUCUCUUGAUGUCGAACCACCUCUCGAUCAACAACAGCGUUUACAAAAUGGUGAAAAGGAGUUCCAAAGGAUUCGUUCGCAUGCUGACCACAGCAAGUGUUGGGAAGAUGCGAUUACUCGUCUUCAUGAUGGCUGUAAACAUCUCACAGACAUCGAGCAAAGUCGACUGGCGGUUGCCUUCGCUAACUGUCAUUUCGAAAAGUCAGGGCUGAAAACAUACCCAUGCAGUAAAAAUGAUUCAAUUGUAGAUUGUACAAAAGACAUGGCUAAAAGCGUGUUGGCAUUUAACACAUACACGGAAUUUUACACACACACUUCCGACAUAUGUUUCUACCUUCAGAGCCAUAUUUGGCAGCAAAAAACCGAAGACACUAUAAACAAACUUUCAAGCACUUCCAAAUUAGUUGCUGAACAGUUAGAAGCUUCUUUGACUAACCAGAAAAGGGUUUUAGAAGGACAGACGAGUUCCUUGUCCAAUCAAAGAGAUAUACUUAAGAACGAAGUAUACCUAAAAAAUGCGUUGAAAACAUCCGCGGAAAGUGCGAAAGAGGCAUUUUUGGACAUGAAGAAAGCAACAGCCCAGCAAAAAGCUGCUCUGACAGAGACUUUUGACAGUCUAUUCAAAGGAGUUGAUAGAAUCACCAAACUUCAGUCUAUGCUGCUUGGAGAGUUUAUGACGCUACAUUCAUUGGGGUUCUAUCUUGCAGCAAUUUUGGCAUGUUAUUUGAUAACCAGUUCACCAAGGACAGCAGGAGCAAGAUUGUGGUUAUUCGCAGUUCUUUCAGCACAUAUCAUCAUUGAGAGGGUAAUUGUUAGAUGGUGUAUUACAGACAAGGAGUCACAACAGUCUGGAACAACGACAGAAAUCAUUCAUGGUCAUCUUUGGUUAUUAAGAAAGAUUUUUGUCUUCGAAAGCUUUCUCAUUCUUCUAUACUUUGCAACCAAGUACUGUGAUUACGGUAGAGUGAAUUACAAUAUGUUGAGGGACAUUCAGAUUGAAUUAAAGAAGCUUAAAUCAAAAGGAAUGGAUAUAGGAAAGUCCCUAACUGAUGGUAGCAACAAGUCAUUAUUGCCUUUGCCUUCAGAGGAGACGUUCAGCUAUUCCGAUUAUUCAGUACAUAAAUAUCCUGCUAUACAUCCCAUAGCAAAUCUGGAUGAAACGUGUUUAUCUGAGGAAGAUUUGUAUACAGAUGAUAGUUCUGAUAGCUAUGAAGACGACAGUGGAUCUGAAUCAGAAGACCCUACCUUUGUUUUGAGUACAAGCCAGAGAGAUGACAAGUUUAUCAACUAUCAGUGCAAACCAGCAAAAGCUAGUUUGUGA